AUGUUGAAGAACAUCACAAAAUCACUAGUAAAACCAUCGGUGGCUGGUCUCACUCAAUCAAAAACAUCAUCAUCAAAAUUACUUAAAACAAAAUUUACAUCAUCAAUAUGUGGAGUUUUUAAUCAAACAAGAGAGAAUGUUAGAUUUGUUACACCAGGACCAAAGUCUUUGGAUCAAAUUCUUAAAGUUCCACUUGUGGAGAGAGAAAGUCCGGAAGCAAUUACAAGAAUAUGGAGAGAACAUCACGAAAUGAAUCCACAUAUUCUAGCUGAAGUUGUCCCAUAUUCUCAAUAUCAAGUUUUAAAACACAGGUCAAAGGAAUGUCCAAUGUUUGUCUUACCAGUUUUCAAGAAUAUUGGUUUUCAAACAGUUGUCUUACAAUUCCAAACGGAACAUGUAUUAUUCACUGCAAUGAGAGAUUUUAAACAAAAAGGAGAAUGGGCUUCACCUCAAAUGUCUUUAUCACAUUAUACGGAAUUUGCUCAAAACAAAGGAAUUGUUUUAAUGAGAGGAGAAACCAAUGAUACACAUAUUAACAAGGCUGAAGGAAGGGAUCUUGCUAGAUUUAUGUACAAAUUCUAUUUGGAUGACAAUUUAUAUCAUACAUUUGUUGAAGUUUUUAAUAAGGAACCUCAUAGAUUUAAUUUUGAAGAAUUGAUUAAUGCUGUUAAAGCAAUCAAACCUGUAAAGCAAAGAUACAAUCCACUUGUUCCUCCUCCAAAGAAGAAAUAA